AUGGAACAACUCAAGAGAAACCUGGAGGAUGAGAGAAAAUGGAUAGAAGAGGAUCGAGUUAAAAGUGAGGACAAAUUCAGACAAAAAGAGGAAGAUCUUAGAAAAAAGUUUGAAGAGCAAAGGAAAACAGAACAGCAGAAACAAGAAAACGAGAAACAGAAACGAUUUGAGGAAGAAAAACAACUAAGUGCUGAAUAUGAUCAGAAGAUAGAAGAGAAGAAGAGAGAGACUGAACAUCAGAGAUCACUUUAUGAAAAGAGAGAGAAAGAGAGAGACGAGGAGGAUAGAAAGAGAGAAGAGAAAUACAGACACGAUCAAGAGAAGAUGAAACAAGAACAAGAACAGAUUAUAACACAAUUACAAAAGAGACAAGAAGAAGAGAUUAGAAAGAGAGAAGAAUGGAGGAGAAAAAUAAGAGAAGCUGAAAAUGAGAGAAAUGAAAUUCAAGAGAAAAUUGAAAGACAACAGAGAGAAUGGGAGGAAGACAAGAAACAACAGAUGAGAGAACAAGAAGAUGAUGAGAGAAAGAGAAGAGAGAAACAUGAAGAACAACUGAGAGAAAAACAAGAAGAACUGGAGAAAAUGAGAAAGACAUUUGAGAAAGAGAGAGAAGAGAGACGACAGAGAGAUGAAGAGAGAGAGAAACUGAGACGAGAGAGAGAAGAGAAAGAGAGAGAGUAUGAGGAGAAGGAAAAUGAAAUGAUGAAACGUUAUGUGCAGCUGGAGAGAGAGAGAACAGAGAUAUGA